UAGAGGAGUGUUAUGUUUAACAUUAAUAAAUAAAAUGUCCAUAACAAAACAACAAAUUAGAUUAAUCAUCAAUCAUUUAAAUCAAUGAGUUUAACCAUCAAGGAUGAUGAGUUCAUUGUAUUGAUCCUGGUUGCAUAUAGACAUUGUCAUUUAUAGUAUUUUAUUUAGGAAAAGAUAUGGUGUCAGUUCCCUAUAGAAAAUUCCCCUUUUCUUACAUCAUUUGUCCACUUCCUUUUGCUUCGUCAUCAACACAAAAAGGCCAUUUCCAACCAGCUUUUCAGUAACACAUUAUUUUGAUUUACAAUACGCGGGAAGGAGACCACAUUGAGAAACAUUUGUCUUUGUGGAAUUUGGAUUGUCCCUUUUUUUGUAAUCAUUGAAAUAUAUACAUUUUUGGGAGUGGCUGUUUAAACCUGGACUGAAAGAAAUUAACGAACUGAACCAAAGAUCCCCUUUGCAGGACUUGAGAUCCAUUGUCUUGGAAAUUAGCAAAUUCAACAAAUUUCUUUGUGUGCUGGAAUGGAAACGAUAAUUGCUAUGCCAUUAAGGGGAUUUUUUUUCUGUUCAUUUGGAAUAUUAUAUUUAUUUUUGAACAGUUAUUUUUGUCCCACUACUGGCUACGUGCUGAAGAACUGCUUGGUCACACUGAACACACAGGCCAUUUGUCAGAAGAACAGUUUAAAAGUAUUUCCAAAGGACAUUCCAGCAAGAGUCACAAUAAUAGACCUGUCUCAAAACAAAAUUUCUAUACUAAAUAAAACACCUUUGGCAAAUUUAUCAAAUCUGUUGCGCUUAGACCUGAGACACAACUUGAUCUCCAAGAUUGAAUCUGGCACUUUUGUGGUUCAAAUGUCUCUAGAGGUGUUGAUUAUAAACAACAAUAUGCUUUGUAAGCUAGAGGAGGGUAUGUUUGAUGGCUUAGUCAAUCUCACAGAAUUGAGUCUGACUUUCAAUAACAUCGACACAAUAGCACCGGCCUCUUUCAAGUCUCUGAGCAAACUUAGGUUUUUGGACCUAGGCCAUAACAAACUGCGCAACUUAGGAAAUAUCUUACAUCAUACACCACAUUUACAAACCCUGUACAUUACAGCAAACCAAAUUUCCACUUUUCAUUCAUGGGAGCUAUCAAAUAAGUCUACAGAGCUUGUUACACUUGAUUUGUCUAAAAAUGAGCUUAUGGCCUUUAGGCUCACUGCAGAUAUAUUUCCCAACCUCAAAAGCUUGAACCUUAAGGAUGGUUUAAAGAAUGGUAUUGUCUGGGAGGUGAAUGACACAUCGUACCUUAGUGGUGUGUCCAAACUAGAUAUCAGUGCGGUUCGCUCCUCAUUACAUGAACUGCAGGAAGUUCUAGGGACAAUUAACUCCUCACUGAGUUAUCUGAAGUUGAACCAUAUGAAUAACAACCUGCAGGAUCUCAUCGAUUUUUCCUGCAAAAACCCAUCGCUGAGCUCUUUUGAAAUCCGAAAUAACGGCAUCAAAGUUAUAGGUUCAGACAUGCUGAACCUGUGUACUAAUCUGUAUCUUUUGGAUUUAGGGGAAAAUGAGAUAACUAAAAUCUCUGACAAUUCGUUUCAAUCUCUUUGGCAGCUUAAAGUUUUAAUCAUAAAGUCUAACCAACUCACAUCGGUCCCCUAUGCCAUAAGGAACACCAGAAUCUCAACACUGGAUCUCAGCUCCAAUAACAUCAAUGGCCUUGACUGUGAUGAUUUUGCCAAUAUGACCCAUCUCAUAAUUCUCCAUCUAAACAAUAAUCCUCUUUUGGCUCUCAACAAUUGUGUUUCCAAAGAUUUGGUCAAUUUAAAGAUAUUAAUGUUGCAAAACAGCCGUAUUAGUCACUUAAACAGCACCUUCAAAAAAGACAUGCCAAAUCUUGAAGUGCUUACUUUAUUUAACAAUCAACUCGCUGUUCUAGAUUAUGGAGAAUUUAAAGCUCUGGAUAACCUCCAGAAUCUGUCAUUACAGGGGAAUAAAUUAGAACAACUUAAAAAUGGGACUUUUUUUGGACUGUCCAGUCUUACAUAUCUUAAUCUCGAAUCAAAUGAAAUAACUGAAAUUACAAACGGGACUUUUGGUGACUUGAAAGCUUUAAAGACAUUGAAUUUGAUGAGCAAUCACAUUAUAUAUGAAUCGGAAGAGCCUAUUGAUUAUCCACCAUUUGCUGAGCUUUCCAACCUGGAUACAUUGCUCAUUUCAUCUCAACGCAGACACCAUAGGUUCAACCUCCCUCAAAACUUUCUGAAAGGCCUGAAAAAUCUCUCGGUACUCAAUAUCAAGGGUAACAAGCUUACAUCCCUGCACCCACUCACCUUCAUCGAUACUCCUAAUUUGAAUAAGAUUGAUUUGUCUGGUAAUUAUUGAACAGACAUUCCAGACAAUUUGUUUUCCCCAAUUCAAAAACUAAAAAGUCUUUACAUUUCACAUAUAAACCUGAGGUCUCUAGAUUUUCUGCUCCAUGCUAACUUCUCGGAGCUGGAGUUCUUGCAGGUGGGGAAUAAUUCUUUUUCUGUGAUUAGAGAGCAAGUGAUACUGUCUCUGUCAGCACUUAAUUACCUGAAUAUGCAGGGUAAUAGCUUCACCUGUAACUGUGACAACGCAUGGUUCCUCAAAUGGGUAAUCACGAACAAGCAAACACAAGUGUUUGAUGCGUACAACUUUGAAUGCAACUACCCUCCAGACCACAAAGGAAAAAAACUGUUGCAGAUUGAUGUCCAUUCUUGUACAGUAGACACGGACUUCAUCUGUUAUAUUUCCACGGCAUGCGCGGUCAUCAUGACCAUAGCAGUCGCCUUCACCCACCAUUUCCUACAAUGGCAUCUGGUCUACGGGUACUACCUCAUGCUGGCGUUCCUCUACAACUCAAAGCACAAGAACAACCGUGCUCAUCAAUACGACGCCUUCGUCUCCUACAACGCAAACGACGAGGGCUGGGUGCUGGGGGAGCUGCUGCCCAAGCUUGAGGACGAGCAGGGCUGGAGACUGUGUCUGCACCACCGAGACUUCCAGCCAGGUAAACCAAUCAUGGAAAACAUAACAGACGCCAUCUAUGGCAGCCGGAAAACCAUCUGUGUGGUCAGUGCUGAUUACCUGGAGAGUGAAUGGUGCUCCAGAGAGAUCCAGGUCGCCAGCUUCCGUCUGUUUGACGAGCAGAAGGACGUGCUGAUCCUGGUGUUCCUGGAGGACAUUCCCAUGCAGCAGCUGUCUCCGUACUACCGUAUGAGGAGGCUCCUGAAGAGAAAAACCUACCUGAGCUGGUCCCGCGCGGACGCACACCCAGACCUGUUCUGGGAGAAGCUCCGGCAGGCCCUGGACACCCAGGAGCACCCAAUGGACAACAGAGAGGAGUUGGUUUGCAAGAGGAGGCAUUAUCUUGAUGGUGGAGACAAACUGUCGAGCCCGGAGGAGAAAGGGAAGGGGAAAAGGAAGAAACUGAAGAAUGGUCGAUAUUCUGACGACGACGACGACGACGACGUAGUAUCGCUGGAUCCUCAGUUAAGUCAAUGUAAGAAGAAGAAGAGAAAAAACACAGGUCUUAACGUCUUAAUGGAACUGGAAAAGCAAGGAUCAUGUCAGCUGAACUCAAUUAAUGAAACCAGGAAUGAAUGCCAUCACCCAUCUUAUGAGCUGUUGAGGGAGAACAACCACAGGCUGCAGAGGGAAAAUGAUUCUCUCAAGGCAAAAAUAGCAACAUUGAAAUUGCUGCCAGACGUUUUGCAGAAGAUGGAGGAGUUUCUUCGCUCAGCACCAAGACCAACGACAACACCAAUACCAACACCAACACCAAGACCAAGACCAGAACCAACACUAUCACCAGCACCAACAGCAGUUCCACCACCAGCAACAGAAGACCCAUCACCAGCACCAGGUCCAUCAUCAGCAUCAGCAACAGAGGCCCUGGGCCACUCUGUCAUUCCAAAAGGACUUGUGGAGCGCUGCUCCUUCCAAAGCCCCCAGAAGUUCGUAAAUGAUCUCCUACAUGGGAUGUAUACCAGGGAAUAUAUGGCAGGCCAUUCAGUGACUGGCCAGUCAUCCAGCUGCUGCACAGAAGGAAAACCUGGCCUAGCCAAACAGGACCUUGUUGAAAUAACAAAUGCUGCAAAGUUGAAGUUCACCUACGUAACUGAUACGAACAUAAAAGCAUUUAUACGACAAAAGCUAAACAAUGCUGCCAAAUUUCAGAAACAAUAAAUUAUCAACUGUUUAAAGAAAGUUAAACUUUUGUUCUAUUUUUUUUGUAUUUUAGCAGUCUGUAGAAAACACUGUGUUAAUGGUGGUUGUAAGCCUAAUGUUUGUGCAGUGAAUUAUUGUUACAGCACUAUGGUUAAAAAUGGCAACAACAAAAGGUGAUGCAGUUGAA